CGAUGUAUCCGAGGGGGAAGCUUAAGCAUAGGGAUGCUGUGGGCAGAGAGCUGUUUCAGUCGCGCGACGGCUCUCGCCCCGGCCAGUCGAUCGAGCUCUUGCACAAAAGGGAGAGAGAUACACGUUUCUCUCUCUCUCUCUCUCUCUCUCUUUCUCUCUCUUUUUCUCUCUCAUUCUAUUUCUUCUCGUCCUGUUUGCUUCUUCCUUCCAAAAAAAAAUUUGUCGUCGAAAAAUAAUGAAUCGCACACAGUGAGACGAAAAAUCUUUCUCUCGUCGUUCACGAACGUUUCUCUCGAGACUAAUCGCGUCGAUCAAAAAAUGGUGUUUCUCGGUGUUCGAUUAUUCUUUAACGCGGGACGGCUAAUAUUUGGAGGAUAAAUCGGGAGAGGAAAGAGAAAAAUCCUGCAACCACCUGUGUUCCCAGGACAAACGCGCCAAGGAUGUCGCUCGUGUUGGCUUCGAUGUAGUUUACCUAUAUCUCUUCCUGGAUUAAGGGAUACCACGGAUUAAGGAUUUCCACACAGCAGAAAAAGAAGAAGAAGAAGAAGAAGAAAAAGAAAAAGAAGAAAAAGAUCGUUGGAAAUAAAGAAAGAAGAAAAGGAAAUAUGUCGAGAAGGGAUGGGUCGAAAAAUGGCCGGCUCUUUUUUCUCGAUAUCGACGCGAACGAUAGAAUAGAAGGAAGAAGGUGCCGUCUUCGUCCUGUACGUCUUCCUCUUCGUCUUCGAUAACACGGCAGCUUCCUUCUCCGGCUCGUCUUUCUUCUCAUCUUACUCAUCCUUCUUCUUAUUGAGAAUGCGCAUCGGAGCGUAAGAAGACGUAGUACAGUGGCAAUAAAAUGUGGUGCGCAUUAUCGUGAAAAUGUUGGUGGACGAGUGUGGAAGCGGGAUGGGGUGGACUACGGCAGCGAGCGUUAGAGGGGGUUGGUCCACCCCCGGUGCUACUGCUGGAUGCAGAAACUCUGCGAUGAGUUUUGGGGGCAGUGUACCUUCUCUUCACCCAGCUGGCUCGAUACGAUCCUUGCGUUCCCAGCAUUCCAUGCAGUGUCCACAAGAGACACCGCAAAGAUGUAUACACUGCCAUCCCAUUCACGCAUCGAACACUCCUAACAAUUAUGUGCAUCAUCCUAUGCAGUAUUACACGCCCAGUCAUUGUACGGAGGGUCAACAACAGAAUGGAACUUAUACGCCGCAUCGGAGUUCCUAUCAUGGCGACACUCGUAUACGAUAUACCGACACGGAGGAAAGCUUGGCAGGGAACGCAAACUGGGUCCUUGGUGAUUUACGAACUCUUCAUCGUUGUGUUCCCGCAUUGCGACGUACAGGCAUAGACGUCGCUGGUAUGCGAGCGCAUUUCUAUCCGGAGGGUGGCUGGGGGUGGUUGGUAUGUGCAGCUGGCUUUCUCGCCCUGUUGCUCACUACAGGAAUGCAGCUCGCCUUUGGCUUUCUUCAUCUUUAUGCUUCACGUCAUUUCGGCGAGGUACAUAUAAUGGACAUAGCUUGGGUAGGAGCUUUAAGUGCUGCGGUUUCCCGUGGUUCUGCUCCACUGGUCGUCGGCGCGUGUCGCCGUGGAAGUACGCGGCUCACCGCUGUGAUUGGUGGCCUUGUAUUGGCAUUAGCUUCGCUUUUUACUUCCUUUGCCCUUCAAAUGCAUCAAGUACUUUUGAGCUACGGCCUGGUACUGGGCACAGGAGCCGGUUUGGUGAGAGAGACCGCUGGUUUGGUACUCGGCCAUUACUUUAGAAAACGACGAGAGUUCGUUGAGAUGGUGGUGCAAGCUGGCACGGGGGUGGGAAUUGCUCUCUUCAGCGUAUUUUACAGAGAAGCGGUUGGAAAGCUAGGUUGGAGAUUGGGGUUGCAGUCUGUUACGGGAGCACUCUUCUUGGCCUUUUUCCUGGGUCUGAUUUAUAGGAGUGCUUCUCUCUAUCAUCCUCAACGAAGAGCGAUAUUACAUCUCAAAAAUCAACGUAGUAAAGUAAAGGAAAAGAAAUCGGCCACGAAGGUACCGACACAGCCAUUGGUCGACCUCAGUCCUUUGGGAAGUCGACCAGUUAGAAUGCUCAUGUUGGCAGCCGGUGCAGCUGGUUUUGGACUUUACACACCUGCCUUUUACAUCGCAUUGCAGGGAUAUCAAGACGGUCUGGAGGCAAGCUCGUUGGUAUUACUACAGACUUGCUUGGGUUUGGCAGCGGCACUAGGGUGCGCGGCUUGGGGGGUAGUAACAGCCAGACCAUCUGCUCAGUGCUUGGUGUCCAGGCAAUAUCUCUGCCAAGCAGCACUUCUCGGAGUUGCUGUAGCUCAAGUGGCGCUUGGUAGCGUGGAAGGUUAUCACGGAUUGGUCUUGGCAUCGGGCCUUUAUGGAGCUUCGCUCGGUGGUGCCCUUUACUCCUUAAAGAUGUUGGCCCUCGAAAGACUAAGGGCAAGACAUUUCGCGAGAUCUUGGGCUCUCGUUCAAGCGGCGGAAGCAUUGCCCAUCCUACUCGGAGUUCCUCUUACCGGUUACA